UAUCUAUGGCGCACGACACCAUUUCAUACGCUACAAUUUGAGCUUGUCUAUGUGCACCAGCAUUCCUGUCUGAACAUAGUGUCCGAUGCCAGACAAUGGGUAAACCAAGGUUGAUCAUCCUCGUUCGUCAUGCACAAUCAGAAGGGAAUCGUGACAAAAGAAUUCACCAGACGACACCAGAUCACAAAGUUGGCCUGACAAGUGAAGGACAUCAACAAGCUCUAGAGGCUGGCCAGAAGCUCCGUGCUCUUCUUCGUAACGACGACACAUUACAUUUCUUUAUCUCGCCAUACAGAAGGACGAGAGAGACGACUGAAGGCAUAUUGAGUGGCCUUUGUUCAAAUGAUCCAGUGCCUUCAGCCUUCCAGAGAUCACACAUCAAAGUGUACGAGGAGCCCAGACUGAGGGAGCAGGACUUUGGCAAUUUCCAACCCGGCACUGACGAGGUCGAGCGUCUAUGGCGAGAACGAGCCGAAUAUGGACACUUCUUCUAUCGGAUACCCAAUGGUGAAAGCGGGGCGGACGUCUAUGACCGAGUCUCCUCCUUCAAUGGUUCGCUGUGGCGCCGAUUCUCAGAAGACACAAUGGCCAGUGUCGCCAUUCUCGUCACGCAUGGUCUCUGCAGCCGGGUGUUCCUGAUGGCUUGGUACCACUACAGCGUCGAGUUCUUCGAAGACCUACGCAACAUAAACCACUGCGAGUUCUUGGUUAUGAAGUUGGGUGCGAAUGGAAGAUAUGUCCUCCAAAACACACUACGACGGUGGUCGGACCUUAGAAGGGAACGAGCCGCAAGAAAGAGUAUAUCUCAAUCACCAGUCAACAUCGAGUCGAUACCCGUCAGGCGAUGGACCUCUACCCGGUCUGCUAACGACUCGACCGGCAGUAGUCUCCUGCCGAGGCCGUCACGGAAGAACACCGCAGACAUGUUCCUUGAUGAGCAUGAGAUCACGGAAGAGGUCGAAGAGAAACAACAAUCAGGCGCCUUGAAUGCAUCGCGGCGAAGCAGUACCAGUAGGAAUGAGAGCCGCAGUCGACUCCGAUCUACAAGCAACCUCCACAAAUCUUUAAACAAUCUGUCCUUGGACCCCGGGAAGAAGACCCCAAGCCAUGUCGGUCUAAAGGCAUAUCUGGGACGCGAUGGAGGAGGAUCGAGGUCAGGUGCCGGCUCGCCGUUCGGCUCAGACGAUGAAAGUGAGGGUACUCCCCAAGUAGAGUCUAGGCCGAAGACUUUUGACCGAAACCACCCUACGCCCAAAUUUUCGUCUUCCUCUUUGGCAAGGGCCUUGAGAGGAGAGUUUGGCGACCUUCCAAGUCGAUCUUUCGAUGACCUGACCGCUGUGGCCGAUCCGCUGGGCGAUCAACCAAGCGAUGCAGAAGUUGAGGAGGCUGAUCUGGACAUGGGCACUAAGGAAAGGGAACAGCGGGAAAUGGAGCAAAUCCUCGAGGAGGAAAGGCACGAACGCAGCCAUAGAGGUAGCGUUUAUUAGACUGCCUUGGUUCAGACGUUCACACCAUAAAUACCGACACCAGAAUGAAAUAGCGUGGAUACAAAUGGCCUUCACCUUGGAACUCGUUGCUCUUGCAGCCACUAUGGGAACGAUCAAUCGUUGAAGACCAAUCCACGCUUCUCGAGAGAUAGCGCAGCGCAGCACAACGCAAUGAAUAAUCGAAGCAAGC